AUGUGGGAGUGCUAUAUUAACAACGUCCACUUAUUAUUCUUACCACCACACACCUCCCAUGUCCUCCAGCCAUUGGAUAUGGCUGUCUUUGGUCCUAUCAAAACCCACUACAGAAAGGAGCUCAGCAAGGAGGAUAUAGUAGACAAUUCUACUAUCGUUGGAAAGCGGUACUUCUUGGCCUGUUAUAUCAUAGCUCGUUUGCUUGGUUUGACGAGGGAUAAUAUACGAACUACACCAUCAAACGACACCACCAAUGCUGGGCAGACAACUGCCAAUACUACCAAAGUCGUUGACUGGACCUCUGCAGCGUCUGUUGUUGACUGGUCAACUCCUAGGAAAGCCAGCGAUCUCUGUGGGCAGCUGAAGCUAUUCACAGAGCUCAGGCCUGACCACCACACUCAACGUCUGCUUUUCCGCAAGGUCAAAAAAGCCUUCAGCGAGAAGUCCUUCCUAUUGGCCUCAUCUCAACAGCAAGUUCGAGUUCUGGAAGCUAGAGUUAAGCGCAUAGCUCCCAGGAAAAAGAAGAGUGUUCAAACAGACCCAAACACCAAGUUCGCCAACAUCAGGGACAUAAAGACGGCUCAGGAAGACGCUGGCGAGCGUCUAAUUAGUCCCAGUCGAACCGCAGAGGUCGAAUUACCUAGUGAGGGCAGUGACUGUAUUGUAGUGGCAGUGGAAGGUAGUUAA